AUCGGUGACCACUUGGGAAAAACAUUUCCUUAAAAUAAAACAGGAAAAAGGGAGGAGAGAGAGAGAGAGUACAGGGAGACUGACUGGUGGCAGUAUUUAGUUUUCUUGGAUUUGAUUCAGCAAAAACGAAAAAGAGCAGGUUUGCUUGGAUUUGUUUUGCAGCCUUAGAAAACCAGACCCAAAGAGCUCAGAAGCUACCGCAAAGCCAUCAACCAUGUUCCGGCAAGCGUCACGCCUCUUGGCUCAAACUCUGAGGGCUGGACUGAGACCCUUCUCCUCGGAUCUUCCGGCCGCCCCCACCUCCGACUCGGCCUUCAUCGAGUCGUGGAAGAAGGUCAUACCCAACAUUGAACCUCCCAAGACUCCCUCCAACUUCUUACGGCCCCGUCCGGCCACUCCCACUUCCAUUCCUUCCAAGAUCACCGUCAAUUUCGUGCUUCCCUACGCCUCCGAGCUCUCUGCCAAGGAGGUUGACAUGGUCAUAAUUCCUGCAACAACUGGACAAAUGGGUGUUUUGCCCGGACAUGUACCUACAAUCGCAGAGCUGAAGCCUGGGGUCCUCUCAGUGCAUGAAGGAAAUGACGUGACAAAGUAUUUCCUUAGUAGUGGGUUUGCUUUUAUCCAUGCUAACUCUGUUGCAGAUAUAAUUGCUGUAGAGGCUGUGCGAAUUGACCAUAUUGACCCAAGCUUGGUCCAGAAGGGCCUAGCAGAAUUUACCCAGAAGCUUAGUUCAGCAACAACUGAGUUGGAGAAAGCUGAGGCCCAGAUUGGUGUUGAGCUUCACAGUGCUCUCAACUCUGCUCUCUCAGGCUAAUGGUACCUCCAGUAUUUUCUUCUCCAAACCAGUUUUGCUUCAGUGACUAUUCGUUCUUCCCUUUAUAAUACUGGUCAAGAUAUCAUUGUUUUGAUUUCCAGGAGUGAAAUAAAUAUCUUUCAGAGAAAACCCCAUGCUUCUCUAUGGUCAAGAUACCUCUCUACUUGGCAUAUUACUACUUUCCCCUUCGAAAGAUCCUGUCAUUAUAGGAUAUUUGGUUUCUGUAACAUACCGAAGGAAGAAAAUGUAUUUUGUUUUCCAGAUUUCGAAGUCUUGAACUGCGGAUUGAAUGUUUUCUCGCACCUAUUUCUUGGAUUUAAGCAAAAUUAAAAGAGGGUGGUGUUCAUAGUU